AUGGCCUUGCCAAAACGCAUUAUCAAGGAGACCGAGCGCCUUAUGGCAGAGCCGGUCCCCGGUAUCAAUGCCGUUCCUCACGAAGAUAACCUGCGGUAUUUCGAUGUCUCGAUUCAUGGCCCCGCUCAAUCCCCAUAUGAGGGUGGAAUUUUCCGUCUGGAGCUCUUCCUUCCCGAUGAUUAUCCCAUGACACCUCCCAAGAUCCGUUUCUUGACCAAAAUCUAUCAUCCCAACAUCGAUCGGCUUGGCCGUAUCUGCCUGGAUGUUUUGAAGAACAAUUGGUCUCCCGCCCUUCAGAUUCGCACUAUCCUGCUUUCAAUCCAAGCCCUCCUUGGAGCGCCGAAUCCCGAUGACCCUCUUGCCAAUGAUGUCGCUCAGCGCUGGAAAGACGACGAGCCUGCGGCUAUUCAGACCGCCAAAGAGUGGACACGGACACAUGCCAUGACCUGA